AUGGUGCUGCACACCUUUAAACCGGCUAUUCCUGUGUGUGUGGCCACUGUGUUGUUUCUGUUGUUGCUGGGAGUUUGCCUUCUAUACUUGCCGGAGCCGCUCACCUCACAGCCGCAGGUCGAGCACAGCAGCACGGUGACGCUCCUGGUUUGGAACCAUCCCUUCACCAGACGCCAACAACUUCCCAAUUGCUAUGAGCGCUUUCAGAUCAGCGGGUGCGCGCUCACUGACGACAGGCGCGCGUACCUGUGGGCUGACGCCGUCGUCGUCCACCACCGGGAGGUCGCUGUCGGCGCCGUAGAACUACCACAGGAACCGCGGCCACGUGCGCAAAAGUGGAUAUGGAUGAACUACGAGUCUCCCUCUCAUACGCCCCGACUGUGGCUUUUGGAAAGUGUGUUCAACCUCACAAUGAGCUACAGGACAGACUCGGAUGUUUUCCUGCCCUACGGUUACCUGAUACCCCGCAUCAGUGGAACCAAGGACGUCCACAGCCGCUCCACGCACCUGCUCCACAGACCGAAGCGCAUCCUCCGGCCCCGCCUCUUGGCCUGGGUCGUCAGCAACAUCUCCCAGUCGCACGCGCGCGUGGCCUUCUAUUACCGGCUCCGCCGCUACAUCAGCGUGGAUGUGUUUGGGCGCGCGGGUCGGCCGGUACCGGAAGACAGCGGCGGCGAGAGCGUGGUCAAGCUGCUCGGUCGUUACCAGUUCUACCUGGCGCUGGAGAACUCGCAGCACACAGACUACAUCACGGAGAAGCUGUGGAACGCGGUGCAGGCCGGUGCCGUCCCGGUGGUGCUGGGUCCGACCCGGAACAACUAUGAGCGCUUCCUGCCCCCGGAGGCAUUCAUCCACGUGGACGACUUCCCAACAGUGCGUGGCCUCGCGCGGUACCUGCUGAUGCUUAGGCGCAACCCGGUUCUCCUGAAGCGGCACCUGGACUGGAGGGGGCAGUAAGCCCUGCACCGGCCCGUCAUGUGGGCUGAACAGUACUGUGCGGCCUGCAGGGCCACGAGGAGGACCAGAGGCGGGACCCACGAGGUCAGAGAACUGACAAACUGGUUUUUCUCGUGACCACAGCUGCAGAACCUGAGAUUGCACAGGUUGUUAUUAUAUAAUAUACAGUAUAAGCACUCUCUGAGUGAGGAGAACAUUGUUGUUUUCCACAAUUGCACAACAAUCCAAAGCCAUAUGAAGGGCCUUUAAACAAGGUCACAGAAACAACAUGGAUCAUCACCUGCAGGAAGAAGAACGGCUGAUUCUAUAGCUUCACCUUUUAUAAUAAAUACAAUUUUAUAACACUGUAUUAUACUGAACAUGACUUGUGUUUUAGACUUUCCACACCCAAAAGUCUCACCUAAUUCUAUCUCAGUUAUCAUUUGGAUCAGGUUUCUCAUGAAAUGAAUAAACAAAAGGGGAAAUAAAAUUUUCCACAUGU